AUGUGGUGGGCCGUGAAGAGCGAUUAUCCCAAGUUGACCUAUCAAACCGUCAAGCCACGUCCACCCCCUUUCGCUCAGACCUCGUUUGACUUCGUAUCAUCCCGUUUAAUUUCUCUCACCCUUGCCAUGAGCGACGCAGAGAAUGACGCAUCAGGGUCCAGGAAAGGUUCCAAACUGCGUCGAGGCCACAAAAAAGUAAAAACCGGAUGCACCGAUUGCAGGAGGCGUCGUGUCAAGUGCACUGAGGAAAAGCCAAAGUGUCGGGCCUGUCAACGACGUGGGGCUCAAUGUGAAUACCUAUCUACCGAAAUACGAUCCCUCUCUGCAGACCCUUCACCGGCCUCGUACCUCGGACAUGCACCCUCACCUCAGCUUCGACAGUUCUCCCCACUCCCUGGUCUGGCAUCCAUCCUGAGAGAGCAACCAAACGAUUCAGCAUCAGCGGAAUUUGGAAUCAGAGACAUGGCACUUCUUCAUCAUUGGACCAUUUCCACCAGCCAUGACAUAUACAAAAAUUCAGCCUUGUCCAUCACAUUCCAACUCUCGUUUCCCCAAAUCGCUUUCAAAUAUCCGUUUGUUAUGCGACUUCUACUUGGUCUUUCUGCUCUCCACAUCGCAUAUCUCCAACCAGAGGACAGACUGAGACACGUAGGAGAGGCUUCCCGCUACCAUAACCAAAGCCUGCAAGGCUUCAACGACGCGCUAAAGUUACCUCGGGAUGAAGUGUCUGAUGCAUUAUUUGCGUGGUCAUCACUCAACCUGUUCUAUGUAUUCGGUGUCCAUGGUCGCCUUGGUGAAGGGCUUUGGGACGACUCAGAACGGACAAGUCGCAAAGAUCGUUUACUAGGCUUGAGCUGGGUUCCGAUGAUUCGUGGUGUUCAGACCAUGCUGCUUCCGUCUUUCAUGACACUCAGUGAGGGUCCAUUGAAAGAACUAUUGACGGUUGGCAACUUUAGAGAGCUAGACCUCGACCAGAACCCGUACUCUGAUGAUGAAUAUUUCCGUCGGGUGAGCGAAGUGUGGAAGAAUCACCCUGAUGCACAGAUAUAUGAAGAUACGCUACAGGUCCUCAGAAGGUGCCACAUGUUCAUGGAACAGUUCUCGUCGAUGGCAAGCGAGUCACCAGGCGAGUCUAUCAUUGACAGAUCCUGGCAGGCUGCUUUUUUUCUUGUGCCAUUUGCACCCGAGGCCUACUUUACCCUGUUACUACAGCGACAACCUCCAGCCUUGAUAUUAUAUGCGUUCUAUGGCGCACUUUUGCAUAAAUUUACAAAUGGUUCCUGGUUUAUGGAAGGAUGGGGUCACGAUAUAGUCGAAGUAGUAGCGGAUCUACUGGGUUCAUACUGGAGAGAUUGGAUAGCUUGGCCUCUUCAGGUUGCGGAUGUAAGAUCUUAA